AUGACAAAAAGUCUAUUACUUACACUGGCCCUCAUUUCUUUGGUAUCAUUACCAGUAUUUUCCACUAAUACAAAUGGUGGUUUUUAUCUCUUAUUAAAGAAAAAAACUGGAAUCAAUUGGAAUGAUGAACAAAUCAGUCUUCUUGGAAACUUAUCAGGAAAAGUUUUUGAAGAAUUCAAGGAUGUAUUUGUAAAGAAUAAUAACAAAAGAGCAUAUUUAAAUUUUAUUCAACAAUUUGUUAAUAUUACAAAUUCUAACAAAGACGUUCCAGAUAAUGAAUUUUUAUUCAAAUUAGUUGGCACAACAAGUGAAAAUUUGAACAGUUCAAGCAAGGAAAUUAAGGAAGAGGCACAAUAUACUGCUGAAAAUUUAUUAAAUAGAAUGUCUAUAAUUGUUAGUCAAAAGGAAUAUAAGGAAUUCCAAAAAUUGAUCGUAAAUGUUGUUGACUUUUCUAAGAACGAAGAUGGAAGUUAUAAAAAAUAUAGUGAAGAAAUUAGUAAAUUGGUAAAAUCACUUGGUAAAGAAGGAAAAAAUUUAUUCACAGAAAAUGGUAAAAGUGCGAGAUUACGUGAAUUUGUACUUGAUUUCUUAGAAAAUAAAUUUUUAAAUGUUAUAUUAGAAUUUGUGGAAGAAUGUCCAAUUUUGAUAGAAGAUACUGUACCAGGAGAAUUUGAUUUUGUUAGACCUAUUGCUAACAAUAAUCAACCAAUAUUAAAAAAAUGUGCAAAAAAAUAUUUUAAAAAAUUAUAUGAUGGUAUUAAUCUUAUUAAUAAUCCUGAAAAAUUUAAAGGACAACCAAUUUAUAAAUUUGUAAAAGCAUACAAAAAGAUGGAUGAAGCAGUUAUCAUGGAAUAA